AUGUCAGGAGCCAUUGUGCCAUCGGCCGGCCAGGAGCAGCGCCGGCCAUGCGACGUAGCGACGUUUCAGAGGAGCAACGUGCACAUCCUGCUGUCGGAUAAGGACACGGAGUCACGUCAAAAUGUUCUCGAGCUGCUUCGCCGCUGUUCGUACCGAGUCACGGCCGUUGAGAACGGGCGACUGGCGCUGCAGCUGCUGCGGUCGUCGAGCGACACGAUAGAUUUGAUUCUGGCGGAGGUGGAGCUGCCGAACGGCAAGGGGUACAAGAUGCUCAAGAUCAUCAUGCGCGAGGAGCGCCUCAAAAACAUUCCCAUCGUCAUGAUGUCGACGCGCGACGAGAUGGCGAUCGUCGUCAAGUGUUUGCGCCUCGGAGCCGCGGACUUUCUCGUGAAGCCGCUGCGCACCAACGAGCUCCUCAACCUCUGGACGCACAUGUGGCGCCGCCGCCGAUCCGUGGGGUUGGGGGAGGCUCCGCGGAGCAUGAUGGCGGUGAGCGCAAGCGAGGUGGCGCACGACCUGGCGGAGGCGGAGGAGGGUGGGCAGCAGCGAUGCGAGCUCAUGCUGCUGGAGACGCGAGACGCUCCCGGAGCGGGAGAAGCGGGAGGGGAGGAAGGGGAAGAGAGGGAAGAGAGCGACGCGGAUGAGCAGCCGUUCAAGCGGCGACACGUGGCGGCGCAGCGAGAGCGGGGCGCGGCGGGAGGAGCCUGCGGAGUGGCGCACGGUGGAGCGCAGGAGAGGAGGAGCAAGCUCGGCGCGCAGGACAGGGCGGAGCGGGAGGAGGUUGAGGGCCAGCCGCAGCCAAUGCCUGCGCUCGAGCUCUCGCUCAUGCUGCCACGUGUCGCGUUGCCGUUGGACGUACAAUUUGCGUCCGAGCGUCGUCUGCCGCCCGACCGAGCCGCGCUUGAGACCUCACGCCCUUCCAUGCCCCCCGCAAUGGCCGCCACUCUCCUCGCGCUCUGCACCUCCGCGGUGGCCGCCGUCGCAUCUGCGCCUCCGCGCGACACACGCGCCGCCGCAGUUGCAGCUACAACAACCAAUGAUGUUGCACGAGCUGGCGAUGCCGGUGCCGCGAGUGCAGCAGCAACAGCAGCAGCAGCAGCCCUCUCCUUAUCUUCCGCCAUUCCCGCCACCGCGCACCCUUUCCCCCCACCGCCCCACCAAAUGAUGCUGCGCCGAGCAGCCUCCCACGAACCCACCUCCGCGCCUCUCUUUUCCUCCGCCCGCCCUCCCUCCUCCCCCACCCGCGCAUCUGCGCUCCAGCCCUCCCCGCCCCUCCACACCUCCCGCGUGCUCCCCACGCGCGCCUCCCCCCAGCCGCCUGGCUCCGCGGCUGUUGCCACUCUGCUCCCGCCCUCCAGUCCCCUUCUGCCCUUCCGCCUCGCGCCCUCGCUCCCCUCUGCGCCGUCUGCGCCCUCUCUUCACUCCCCCGCGCACCUCGCGCUCCCCACGCGCACCAUCAGUCAGCCCAUCCUCCCCUCCGCUUCCACCGCCCGCCCUCCCGAACUCCGCCUGUCCGAAAGCCCGCCCGCUCCUGCCCCCGCGCCUGCGGCCGCGACUGCUACCACUGCUGCAGCAGCUGCUGCUGCGCGCGCCGCAACCGCCGCGCGCGCUGCGCUGAGUCGUUCAGCGAGCGCGGAGCAGGCCGCGGAGAGGAGCGCGGCGCAGGGCGCGGGGGACAAGCGCGCAGAGGAUAAGCGCGCGGAACCCGCGCCCGCGACGGAGCUGCCGUUAGCCGGACGACGGGCGUCGCCCGCACGGCUGGUCCCGAAGGCGGGUGGUGCUGCUGGGUCUAAUGCUGCUUCUGCUUUGAAACGGGGAGGUUGCGAGGCGAUGGCAGGGCGGGGGAGGAUGGCGGGGAGUGACGUGAAGAAGCAACAACAACAGCAGCAACAGCAGCAACAGCAGCAACAGCAGCAACAGCAGCAGCAGCAGCAACAGCAGCAGCAGCAGCAACAGCAGCAGCAGCUGCAGCAGCAGGGCGAGGCAGCAGCAAGAAAAAGUGUCGCAACCGCGAGGCGGGGCGGGGGCAGUCCCCCAUCCCCCGCCGCCAGCGCCACACCUCCGCGGACGGCCUCACGAGCAGCUGCGCGCGCGCCUGCAAGCCCUGCGGGGAUGCACCCGCGCCCUGCUGCUGGGCUGUGUGGCGGGGGAAGGGGUAAAGGCGCGGAACUGGCGGGGGCUUCACUGGGAGGGGAAGGCAGGGCAGGCCGAGAUGGAACGCAGGGGGCUCACAGCAUGGCGCAGAGCAUGGCACAUGGCACAGGAAACGGCACGGCUAGGGAUGGCGGGGGCGCAGAGGUGAAUGUGAGUGGCGGCAGCAGCGGCAGCCUUGUAGCUGGGCACAGCGCUGCCUUCUGGAACCAUAUGAUUGAUCGCAGUGGCCUCCGGGGGUACCUCCCCCACUCCCUGCCCCACUCCCCGCCCGCCAUGCCUGCUCCUGCUCCGAGCCUCCGUGCCGGAUCGCCGAACCUGCCCGCCGGCCUGCGUGGCGGCUCGGGCAGCUUGGCGGGUUACAAGAGGCAGCUGUCCGGGGCAGCACGCGUGGAGCAUGGGUCAGGGCGUGGGACUGGGCAGGGGUUGGGGCCAGCUUCUGCUGCUGACGCUGCUGCUGGGGGGGCAGCAGGCGGAAUGGGUGGAAUGGGAGGAGCAGGAGGGAUGGGAGGUUUGGGAGGAAUGGGAGGGAUGGGGGCAUUGGGGGGAAUGGGGGGAAUGGGGCCAAUGGGAGGGAUGGGAGGAAUGGGGGGAGGGGUGGUGGGUGCAGUGGGAGGGGGAGGGGCAAGUGCAGGUGGGGAUGGGUUGAUGGAGAGGCGGGUGGAGGGAUACCAGCGUCGGGAGGCAGCUCUGAACAAAUUCAGGCAGAAGCGCAAGGAUCGGUGUUUUGAGAAAAAGAUUCGGUACGUGAGCAGAAAGCGACUUGCGGAGAUGCGACCACGGAUGAAGGGGCAGUUUGUGCGGAAGAAGACAGCGGGGAAAGGGCAUGGCGGGCAGCAGGAGAGCGAGGAGGAGGACGAGGAGGAGGAGGAGGAUGAGGAAGAGGAGGAGGGAGGCAACGAGUAG